UCGCACUGGUAAAAACCCUUAAACUCACACGUAAUCGCAAAUCUUGCCUUUAACGAUCAUUCAAAGUCCGUGUCUUCAAUUCUUGAAUCGAAAUCAUACACACGUAUAUAUACACAGAGAGAGAGAGAGAGGUUAGGUGUAAUUGUAUUGAUAGAAGAAAAUGGCGGAUGAAGGGCGGGCAGCGAAGAAAGGAUCUGGGAAGAAAGAUCAGAAAGUUCCAUUCUAUAAGCUUUUUGCUUAUUCAGAUAGGCUUGAUAUUGCUCUUAUAAUCGUCGGAACGAUUUCUGCCAUUGGCAAUGGAUUGACGCAGCCGCUCAUGACUCUUAUUUUUGGCCAGAUAAUCAAUUCUUUCGGAGGGACCGAGCCAUCUCACGUAGUGCAUGAAGUUUCGAAGGUCUCUCUCAAAUAUGUUUACUUGGCUAUUGGAGCUGGCAUAGCUUCAUUUCUUCAGAUGUCAUGCUGGAUGGUGAGUGGAGAAAGACGCGCAUCUCGAAUAAGAGGGUUGUACUUGAGAACCCUAUUAAGGCAGGAUAUUGAGUUCUUUGACACUCAAACAACGACGGGAGAGGUCAUUGGGAGGAUGUCUGGGGAUACCAUUCUCAUUCAAGAGGCCAUGGGCGAAAAAGUUGGGAAGUUCAUUCAGUUUUCAUCAACAUUCAUUGGAGGCUUUAUAAUUGCUUUCUGUAAAGGAUGGCUUCUAUCCUUAGUAUUGUGCUCUUGCAUUCCUGCACUUGCCAUAGCCGGAGGAUGCAUGUCACUGCUUAUGACGAAGAUGUCGAGUCGAGGACAAGUUGCCUACGCGGAAGCUGGAAAUGUGGUUGAACAAACAGUGGGAGCAAUCAGAACGGUCGCAUCCUUCACCGGAGAGAAGAAAGCAGAAGAAAAGUACGAUAGCAAAUUGCAAAUAGCCUAUGCAUCCACUGUUCAGCAAGGGUUGGCUUCAGGCAUUGGACUUGGCACUGUUUUACUAAUGGUAUUUAGUACUUAUGGACUUGCCAUAUGGUAUGGAUCAAAAUUGAUAAUAGAAAAAGGAUACAGUGGUGGAAAGGUUAUCAAUGUUAUGAUGGCCAUAAUGACUGGUGGAAUAUCACUUGGACAGACGUCUCCAUGCAUAAAUGCAUUCGCAGCAGGUCAAGCAGCAGCAUACAAGAUGUUUGAGGCUAUUGAACGGAAACCGAAAAUUGAUGGGAAUGAUGACAGAGGAAUUGUGUUGGAAGAUAUAAGAGGUGAAAUUGAACUUAAGGAUGUUUAUUUCAGAUAUCCGGCAAGGCCGGAAGUUCAGAUCUUUUCAGGUUUUUCAUUGCAAGUUGAAAGCGGCAAAACUGCAGCUCUAGUUGGGCAGAGUGGAAGUGGGAAGUCCACAGUUAUUAGCUUGUUGGAGCGAUUUUAUGAUCCUGAUGCUGGAGAAGUACUUAUAGACGGAGUUAAUUUGAAGAUGUUGAAACUCAAAUGGAUCAGAGGAAAAAUGGGACUCGUAAGCCAGGAACCAAUCUUGUUUGCAACUACUUUGAAGGAAAAUAUAUUGUAUGGCAAAGAAAAUGCUUCUGAUGAAGAGAUUAGAACAGCAAUAGAACUUGCUAAUGCAGCCAAAUUCAUUGACAAGCUUCCACAGGGGCUUGAUACAAUGGUGGGCGAACAUGGAACUCAGCUAUCCGGUGGUCAGAAGCAAAGGGUGGCAAUUGCUAGAGCUAUUCUGAAAAAUCCAAAACUCCUUCUUCUUGAUGAGGCAACAAGUGCUUUGGAUGCAGAGUCAGAACGCCUCGUGCAAGAUGCACUUGAAAAUGUUAUGACGGACCGAACAACUGUGGUUGUUGCACACCGUCUGACAACUAUAAGAAAUGCUGAUCAUAUAGCAGUAGUGCAAGCUGGAAAACUAGUAGAACAAGGUACUCAUGCUGAAUUGGUAAGAAAUCCCAACGGGGCAUACUCCCAGCUUGUUCGAAUGCAAGAAGGUACUAAACAGGUUGAUAACAAUGAAGGGACGGACUUGCAGAAAAUGGAUUCUUACUCAGAAGGCAACUUAAGUAAGUCUUCAAGUCAGAGAAUUUCGAUGAGGAGAUCAACAAGCAACGGAUUACUUCCCUCUCCCUUUGGUGUUCCUGGUCAUAUUGACUAUCAAGAAGCUCAAACUGAAGAUACCAGAGACGAAAAGGAACUCAAGGUUUCAAAGGAACAUAAGAAAAUUUCUAUUAGACGCCUUGCAUACUUAAACAAACCCGAGUUGCCAUAUUUACUGCUAGGAUCAUUGGCAGCUGGGGCACAUGGCGUAGUUUUUCCAAUAUUUGGACUCUUGCUUUCAUCAGCUAUUAAAAUUUUCUUUGAACCUGCACACAAGCUUAGGAAAGAUUCCAGGUUUUGGGGACUCAUGUUAGUUGUCCUUGGCAUAUGUACCUUGGUGGUUGUACCAAUACAAAAUUCCUUUUUUGGAAUUGCUGGUGGUAAGUUGAUACAAAGAAUUCGUUCUUUGUCAUUCAAGAAGGUAGUGCACCAGGAGAUUAGUUGGUUUGAUAAUCCUCGCAACUCAAGUGGUGCUGUUGGUGCAAGGUUAUCUACCGAUGCCUCAACUGUAAGGAGCCUUGUAGGCGAUGCUUUAGCGCUAAUAGUCCAGAACGUAGCGACGGUGAUAGCAGGUCUCGUUAUAGCCUUCACAGCUAAUUGGUUGCUAGCCAUCAUAAUCCUUCUUGUUCUCCCCCUGGUUGGUUUGCAAGGAUUCCUCCAGAUGAGGUUCUACAAAGGGUUCAGUGCAGAUGCCAAGGCGAUGUAUGAAGAAGCUAGUCAAGUGGCAAAUGAUGCUGUGAGCAGCAUCAGAACUGUUGCGUCAUUUAGUGCAGAAGAGAAGGUGAUGAAAAUGUAUGAGCAAAAAUGCGAGGCUCCUGUGAAGCAAGGAGUUCGGAUUGGACUUGUUAGUGGAGCAGGUUUUGGAGCCGGUUCUUUUGCUCUAUUUUGCACAAAUUCCUUCUGUUUCUACAUUGGGGCUGUUCUAAUUCAACAUGGGAGAGCAUCAUUUGGGGACGUGUUCAAGGUUUUCUUUGCUCUAACAAUGUCAGCUAUUGGAGUUUCUCAAACUAGUGCAAUGGCUCCAGAUGUGAACAAAGCUAAGGAUUCUGCUGCUUCUAUAUUUGAGAUCCUGGAUAGUGAACCCGAAAUUGAUUCAAAUAGCGAAGAAGGCACAACAUUGGCUAGUGUUAGAGGUGACAUUGAAUUUCAACAUGUAAGCUUCAAGUAUCCAACUCGGCCAGAUAUCCAAAUCUUCAAGGAUUUGUGCCUGAGAAUGCCUUCCGGGAAGACAAUGGCUCUUGUUGGUGAAAGUGGAAGUGGGAAGUCCACAGUUAUCAGUUUGAUACAGAGAUUCUACAAUCCCAACUUCGGACAAAUAUUCUUGGAUGGAAUGGAAAUCAGAAAAUUCAAGUUAAGUUGGCUGAGGCAACAAAUGGGAUUAGUGAGUCAAGAACCUAUUCUCUUCAACGAGUCAAUCCGCACAAACAUUGCCUACGGGAAGAAGGGAGACGUAACGGAAGAAGAGAUCAUUUCAGCUACAAAAGCUGGGAAUGCACACAACUUCAUAUCAGGAUUGCCUCAAGGAUAUGAUACUAAUGUUGGAGAGAGAGGAGUUCAAUUGUCUGGUGGACAAAAGCAAAGAAUUGCCAUAGCAAGAGCAAUAUUGAAAGAUCCAAAGAUCCUUUUGCUCGAUGAAGCUACAAGUGCACUGGAUGCUGAGUCAGAACGUAUAGUGCAGGAAGCAUUAGAUCGAGUUAUGGUGAACAGAACUACCAUUGUUGUAGCUCAUCGCCUGACUACGAUAAUGGGGGCAGACACCAUUGCUGUUGUGAAGAAUGGAAUUAUUGCUGAAAAGGGAAGUCACGGCGUGCUUAUGAAAAUGAAAGAUGGGGUCUAUGCAUCAUUGGUUGCUCUACACUCUAGUUCAGAAUGAAGUGACGCACCACUUUAUUUGCCAUUGUCUUGUAUAACUGAAAAUUUUGAACUUUGAUUUAGAUCCUUUUUUGUAGGGAUUAAAAGUCAAAGCCAACAAUUAAUUUUAACCUUGGAACC